AUGGUGGCCGGCAUGCAAUUGCAACGUCAUAUAAGAGAUAUUUCAGAGGCCGGAGGUCGUAAAUAUCGCGGAGGUUUAGUACAAGGAUUUUACUCUGGUGAGGGCUUUUCGGGCGUCCCGCAAGCACUGCCAGGGGUCCAGUGGGAGCUCAAGGCCGAGUCUCUGGAAGUCCCACGCCUCUGA